AGAAGAGGCGGGCUGGCAAGGAGAGGAGGGCGGCCCCGGCCGAGGGAGGUCCCCGCGCCCCGCCCGCUCCAUCCCGGCGGGGCGGGCUGGGCUGAGCGCGGCGGCCGCCGGGGGCUGCAUUCACCGCGGGACAGCGCCGUGAGCCCCCGCAGCCCCCGCAGCCCCCGCAGCCCCCGCAGCCCCAGCAUGCUGCCGGCGGGCGGGCCCAGCCCCGCGCAGAGCUGCGGGGCCGUGCUGGUGGCCGCCGUGCUGCUGCAGUCCGUGUGCGUGGCCGUCACCUUCCUGUACUUCACCAGCGAGCUCCGACAGCUCCAGGACUCGUACUCCAAGAGUGGCAUCGCCUGUCUCACCGGGGAGGAGAUCGGGAAUUCCCUCCAGAGCCUGGACCUCGGCGAGGGCCAGGACAGAGAAGCUGAUCCCUGCUGGCAAGUAAAGUGGCACCUGGGAAAGUUAAUUAAAAAGAUGAUGUCAAGGAGCUACGAGGAAAACAUAUCUGCAAUCAAUGUGGAGAGGACUCUGACGCUGCCCCACGCGGAGGGGCCACAGCCGCGCGCGCCCGCCCGCAGGAUCGCGGCGCACCUGACGGGCAGCAGCAGCAGGAGGAGCUCCCUGUCCUCACGCAUAAAUCCCUUGCCCAGAAGAGGAAUUGGACACAAAAUAAACAACUGGGAAUCAUCAAGAAAAGGCCACUCCUUCCUUUACAACGUGGAGCUGAGAAACGGCGAGUUGGUGAUCCCCCAGACGGGCUUUUAUUACAUGUACUCACAAAUUUACUUUCGCUUCCGUGAGAACGAGAACGAGGACUCGGAUCUGUUGGGACAGAUCAGAAACCCCAAGCAGCUUGUCCAGUAUGUUUACAAACUGACUAACUACCCUGAGCCCAUUCUGCUCAUGAAGAGUGCAAGGACAAGCUGCUGGUCCAAGAAGGCAGAGUAUGGACUUUAUUCCAUCUACCAAGGUGGUGUGUUCCAGCUGAAGAGAGAGGACAGGAUUUUUGUCUCUGUCAGCAACAGUGACAUAGUUGACAUGGACAAAGAAGCAAGUUUUUUUGGAGCCUUUAUGAUCAGUUAGAACAUGAAAAUCACGAUCCCAAACAGCCCAGUUUUUCCAGUCAGGGGCAGCCUAAAUUCCUGUAAAAUAGAGCAUAGCAAGCAAAAGCUGUGUGGAUACCAACAAGAGCAGACUGCCCUUUCUCAGAGUUCUGUCCCAGCAGCCAGGAAGAGCAGCAGCAGCUGGCUGGGGGUGGCAAUGCUCUGUGCAGGCACAGGCAGCCAGGCUGGGGCUGUGUGAGGGGUUCACAGCCCUCAGGUGAAACCUUUGGCCAGGGAAGCACUCAGCAGCAGCAGAGAUGCUCCAGGCUGCCUCAGCUGUGGCACGAGGGCUGGCGGAUGCUCCAGGUCUGGCUACUCAAAGCUGAGGCUGGAUAUCAAAUUUUAUUGGUGGUCUCCAUUGGGACCCUGUCUUGAAUAUGUCAGCUCCUGUGAGGAGCCUUUGUACAAACUGUGCCCAAGCACUCGUGGAAUUUCCAGGAGUUUUUUGAACAGGAGUUCUGCAGAAGCUUCACGCCUUCAUCUCCCCUAACAAAGCACUUAAGCACCUAAUUAAUUUUAAGCACACCGACAGUGACUGCAUCAGGGUAUCCACAUGCUUGAAAUUAAGUAUGUGCUUAAGCAUUCUCCAGGAUUGUGUCUUGAGUAAACACAUUUGUCAUGUGCGGUUUAUUGUACAUAAGAACAGCUGCUGGAAUGGCACAGAAGAGCUUUUGAAAUUAAUCUGUGUUUUGAUCAACAUUUUGUAACAGUGCCUAUUUACUUAAUUACUGUGCUGCAGACAUCUCAGCAGGCUCCCAGUAAGUUCAGUAAUGCAGUUGCUGUUACACUUGUUGACAACAAAAACUGGAUCCAGAAAAAAAAUGUGCAUUUCUGUAAAUACUGAAUUCUGUGAGAAAUUUUCAGCAAGUUAGUCAUGACAAGAUUAUUCCAUGUUUAUUUUUACUGGUCUGUGUUUGGUAGGAUGUAAUGUAGAAUAACACACCCCAAUGACUAACAUUUUAAGGGAAACAGGCACAACUAUGUGUACUUACAAAAAUGCUGCUUGUUUAGGUAAUGCCGUAAUUAUUUGAUUUUAUUUUUAGGAAUGGGCAGAAAAAAUUAACUUUUUUUUUAUUGUAAAUUUUUUUUUUAAUGAACAGUAUAUUUUUUAACUCAAUGAAAAUGACUAUUUUGUAUUAAAAGUAUUUGAAAGUUUAGACUGCACAGCAAAAGUCAUGUGGUGUAAAUCAGCACAUCUGUAGCAUUGUCAGUGGAGGAAUAGCAAAUUGCACCAUGAAUGCAUUUUGCACAGAUUCAGAGGAAAAAGUGGGAAAGGUGAAAAAAAUUAUUGGAGGGAAAGGAAGACAGUUCCGCAAAUGUUACUUUACAUCAACAGAGUGAUGGCAGGAUAAAGUCUGGCUGUCUAUUUUUUUGAAUACACCGGGGUUGCCUUGGGAACCCUCCCAUUCACCUGCAUGUGCUGGUAAUUAAAUCACAGCAGCCCCUGCACAGGGGCCUCAGCAGUAAACAGGGCUGGCUCUCCUCCCUGCCCAGCAGCAGGGCAUGGACAGCCCCCAGCCCCUGUGCUCACUGCCAGGGUACCUGUGAUCCCCUAAAUACCUGUGCUGGAGCAGCCAGAGGGGAAUUUCAGGAAUACCCUUCUUUUGGCAGGUUAGGGCAAGGAAAUACUCCAGUGUAAGCUGAAAAUAAUGAGUUUUAACUUCUUCCUGCUGUUUAACUGUCACACGUGCUGUUUUCAGUGGCAAUCAGAUAUGUGGAAUUCUUCACCAUUUACUGGAAUAGUUUGGUUUGCUUCCUUCUCAAAUCAUCUGUUUUGACAGAGAACAGAAAAUCUCUACAGUUUUCUUUCUGAUUUCAGUAUUUAAUUCAGAAAUUUUCUCCCUGCCAGAAAAGCUGGAGACCAGAGCCAUUCCCUUUGUACCUGUAUAUCUUUUACCUUGGAGAAAUCACUUGUAUAAGUUCUCUUUGCAGAUGGACUGGGCUUGGUGAUUCCAGCACAGGACUGACCCAUCAGGUUUGGUCUCUGCAAGCAGAGCAUAUUGCAACAGGAAUCACACCAAAUAAUAAUUUUCUUAGUGAUCUGAAGGCAUGUUUGCCAGAUCUUAUCUUGGGGGAAGAUUAUCAAGGGGUAUCAGACAGGACACCUUUGAAGAAGAAUGGAAAAAUAUAGCAAGUUCUGUUUGUGCUGUAUCCUGACUCACACUUCUCAUCUCACUUUAUGCUGAAUGAUAUAUGUAGCAAAUUUUUAUAGGUUGUGUUAACGUGGGAAUAUUGUAAAUUUUUUACAUGUCUUUUAUAUAAAACGUUUUUACUGAGUA